CUCAUUUUCUUUGCAUUUCCAAUUAUUUUUUUCGCUUUCCAAUUUGUGUACAUUUCUUUUCUUUUCUACACCACCUUCUCUUAUUCGCGUGUUAUCUGUUUUCUUUCCCCUUUGACUGACGACCCUCGUUUUCUUCAAACGCAUCCCUCUUUCCGGCCUCAUGGUGCUGCGCCCAAUACGUCUCCCGGUGCCAUCUCCUAGCAGAUACUGCAAGAAAGGAUACCAACUAUCGCCAGGACGUUUGUUUUCGAUCACAUCAUGUCAAUUGCGAACCCGCCUCGAGGUCCCCCCUCCCUUUCCGGUCACUAAGACCUGUCCCGAACCGAGCUGCACAUGUCCGCCCACUCCAGCAUUACCGGAGGGGUUGCCGAUUGAUCAUGACCAGCCGUUGAACGGAACAAUGGCAGCCUACACGCAGCAAAUCCUUGUAUGCACGGGGCAAAAGGACUGGACCAGUCGCAUUGAAAAUGACGGGGAGAACCAGGGUUGGGGCGAACUCGUUAGGGGUCUAAAGCGUUUAAUGGGACGCGGAGGGAAAUACGCUGAUCCAUAUAACAAUGUCCUCGUCACCAAUUCCUCCUUUCCCAGCGCUGAAAAUGCCUCGUCUUCUUCGCCCGUUGCGUCGGCCUUUCUUUUCCCCAGCUUCAAAUAUAUCCGAAACAUCCCAGUUAACCUUCAGUCGCCGGAGGAGCAGAAGGGAUUGGAUCUUUCUACGUUUGUGCGCGCAUAUCUCCUCCCAGAGCAAAUCCAUGCGAUGAACUCGUCGCUUCCUCCCUCCCGACAAGCGGAGUUGACUCGCUCCCCGGAACUCCAGUUGGACUUUCCGGAAAUCAUUGAUAUCAAGCACUCGCCAACAAUCCUGAUCUGCAGUCACGGAGGCCGUGACAUGCGCUGCGGGGUGAUGGCGCCAGCUUUAGAAACCGAAUUCAGACGUGUCCUUGAUAUGCGCGGCUUCUCCUCCGACAGCACAAAGCCCAGCGUUAUCGAUGGCCCUCGCCACGCAAAUAUCGGUCUCAUCAGCCAUAUCGGCGGACACAAGUACGCGGGGAACGUGAUCAUUUAUAUUCCUCCCGGGAUGACCGUCUCCGAUAGUACCAUGCACCCGCUGGCGGGCAAAGGCAUCUGGUACGGUCGUAUUGAACCAAAACAUGUCGACGGCCUUGUCCAAGAAACAAUCCUCGGAGGAAAGGUCGUGGCGGACCAUUUCCGAGGCGGGAUUUCUAGCAAUGGAGAAAUCCUGAGGUUAUAGAUGCCUUGCAUGUAAAUUAUCUCCUGGGCCAUCAGUAUUUAAUUAGAUAUCCUCAAUAUAGACAAAUAAUGGGUUCUGAAGGAUAAUAAUAGCGGAGUAAUUGAAUUGUUCUG